AUGCCUUUUGGGACUCUCGAAUUUGGCGACGAUGACCUUUCAAUACCCUCAUUAACGAGCGAUAUCCGGCGCAUGCCACCGACAAAUGCCGUCGCCGAGACAAUCGUCUCCCCACACGACAAUGCCACCUCCCAGAUAGCCUACGUGGCUGCCGUCGCAUGCCUGGUCUGGUACUGCACGGUGGUCUUGGUCUGCUGCAUCGGGUACACCCAGAUACGACGACAUUACUCCUCACCCAGACCACGAGCAAAGCUACAGGAUCACCCCCAUGUCACCAUUAUCCGGCCGGUGAAAGGCCUGGAACCACGACUCUACGAUUGCUUGGCAUCGACAUUCCUCCAGGACUACCCCAAGGACAAGCUACACCUCAGAUUCUGCAUAUCUGAUCGGGAAGAUCCGUCAAUGCCUGUGGUCAAGCGGCUGCUGGAGGACUACGCGAGCUACGAUGCUCAGCUUCUGCUGGAAGAGGAGGAUGAGGCUUUGAAGGAUGGCGAGCUUCAGCUUGGCCCAAACCCCAAGAUCCGCAAUAUGAGUCGUGCAUAUCGGGAGGCUGUGGGAGAUAUCAUCUGGGUCAUCGAUUGCAAUGUGUGGGUUGCCAAAGGCGUGUGUGGGAGGAUGGUGAACAAGUUGGAAGGAGAUGGAGUGAAGCCGAAAUACAAGCUGGUACAUCAGCUUCCACUGGUGGUAGACAUUGUUGGCUCCACGACAGGCGAAGAGUCACAAGGGCUGUUGAAUGGCAACGGUGUGGGUGCAGACGCCCAGAUACGGACGACAAGUUCAGCCACGGCGACGGUGCAGCACGCCUCUGAGCGCACAGCAUUCUCCGUCGGGGGAGGCAGGUUCGAGGAGCUCUUUAUGUCGUCUGCCCACCCCAAAUUCUACACUGCCAUCAACACUGUGCUCAUCGCACCAUGCAUCGUUGGCAAGAGUACCAUGUUUCGGCGAAGUCAUCUCAACAGCCUCACAGACAACGCUGGAAUUGACUACUUCAGCCAGAACAUCUGCGAAGAUCACCUGAUUGGCGACUUGCUCUGGAAGAAGGAAACUUCUGCAGAGAAGCAGGGUGAGAAGUUGGGUAAGCAUGCUCUGUGCUUUGGCGAUCUCGCCUUCCAACCCAUGGCCAACAUGAGCAUCCGCGAGUACUGGAGCAGGAGAGUGCGGUGGUUGAGGGUGAGAAAGUUUACUGUCACCCUGGCUACCCUUGUCGAACCUGGGACCGAAAGCUUCCUCUGUUCGGCCUAUGGCGCUUUUGCUGCCUCCACAUUACCUCUCUUCCACAACCUUUUCGGCAUACCACAAACGUGGGCGACUUUCGCCUGGUUCUGGCUGCUGAGCGUCUCCAUCUGGUGUCUCAUGGAUAGGACGCUCUACCAAAAGCUACAUUCCGGAGCAUCGAUCGAAGUCGACGAUGAUACACCCUUCUUCGCGCGACCACCAAAGUCCGGUAGCAGACGUCCGUUUGGAGAGUGGUUGUUAGCUUGGCUGGGUCGGGAAAGCUUAGCAUUACCUAUAUGGGUCUGGGCAUUUUGGGCUGGUACCAGAGUCGAGUGGCGAGGGAAGAAGUUCUGGGUUGGGCUGGACAUGAAAGUGCACGAAAUCGACGGCGGAGAGGAAGCGACGACUCAGAACGGCGCAACCACUCGCGCGAACGGUAAAGCUAGAAACGACUGA